CUGUUGGAUUUGGAUGCAUCGUUAAUCUCUCGACGAGAGUUGCAACCUCAGUAAGUUUGGUUAUAAACAUCACAUAUUCCAAAUUAAGAUUCCAAAUUAAGAUCGUUAGCGCAUAUUAAUCCCAUUUCAACAGUUCCCCUAGACGAGUAAGAUUUUCCGGUGUAUAUAAACAGAGGAAGUUUUCAAGAAGAACGUCGUGGUUUAUUCAACUUGGCGGACAAUUUCCAUCAUACCACUAGUACCACUACCGCUCUAUACUGUACAGGAUGUUUAAAAAAAAACGCUAUGGAAAUUCAACAGGCUGUCGUGCAUCAUAAACGUAGCUAAACAAUUCAAUUCUUACAUAGCACGAAAGAACAGUUAUUUAGCUUUUCAAUGAUACUCUUUUUAAAUCGUAACGAUGAGAAAUGGCCACAUACUCGUCAAAUAAAAAUUGCCGGUCGAAAUCACAUUCUUCCACCGUUGGGAAUUGCAUGGAAAACGAAAGGUAAACAAUUCCCAAGAGAGAAUUAAACUUGAAUGUUAAAUUAUAUAAAAUAAGCUCAACUCGUCAAUCUUCGUCUUAGUGAGACCAUAAGAACGUCCAUUAUUGCAUUAAACAUGGUUCAAUUAACCCCUGAACAGAGAACAUUUGCAAUCAAAACGUUUUACGAAACAAGUACCUUGCAGCAGACUCGCGGCGCUUUUAGAUUGAUUAACUUUGCACAAUUAAUGUAUUUUUAAUUCACAACGGUGGAAGAAUGUGAUUUCGACCGAAAAUUAUUUGACGAGUAUGUAGCCAUUUCCCAUCGUUACGGUUUAAGAAAUAUAUCAUAGAAAAGCUGAAUAAGAGCUCUUUCGUCCUAUGUAAAAAUUGAAUUGUUUAGUUAUAAGUUUGUGAUGCACAACAGCCUGACAGUGUUGAAUUUUCAUAGUGUUUUUUUUAGACACCCUGUAUAUACGCAUGUGAUUGGUUAAUCGGGUAGAUUAAACGCUUCUGAUUGGUUAAUAGUAGCGGUAGUGGUAGUGAAAGUCAAAUGUAAACCUCACCAUUAUCUGACUAACGUCACACAUGUCAGUUUUACUCAAGGGCUGAUUACAUGGACCAAGUUGUCCCGGAAAUACUAAUAAAAACUAUUAAAAACAAUGAUGCGAUCACAUGGGACGCGGGCCAACUCACCUAGCCUGGACCUCACUUGCUGACAACCGAGACAACUCGGUUAGCCGAGUUGAAAAUUGCGCAUUAUUAGCAGUGAUGAAGAUCCGGGCUUACGGAUCGAAAGCUUUGCAGUAAUAAAUUUACGUGGUGUUUCCACAAACUAAAGUAUUAUAUGUUUUAUCGCCAUGCAAACUUACAAAGAACUUAUUUUUAUAAUUACAACUGUUCUUUUAUAUUCUAAUUUAGAAACUUCGUGGUCAAACUGAAUCUUUGUAUCUUCUAACAAGAUGUAAUCACACAAGAUUUGAAUUUAUCUUUACUAAUCUGGUAAGAACUAUACAUAUUGUAGAUUUGAUAGGCAUUGAUCCAAGUUAUUUCAAGAGUUAUUUCAAUUUACGAAUUGACUGACAGCAUCAGUGACUGGUGAUCAGUCCUGGAAAAAUUAAAUUCUGCUGAUAUUCCAUGAUAACUAUAUAUAGAUAAGGGCGACAAACGAAACAUAAUUACUGUACGUGAUCGAGUCAGUGUAAAUGACCUUAUUUAUGUACACUGUUUAAUAUUAAGUUGUAUAAUUAUAAUUAAACUUCACCAAUUUCAAUACCAAAACCAUAGUUAAUGUUAGAUAUGCCAAAACCGAGGAUGCUUAAUUUUGCUUGAAAAAACGUCUUGUUUUCGCGCAAAACAUUGAGGAAUGCGACUACAUUCGUGAAAUCGUCGUCGUGAAAAAUUCGACAUCUGAUUGCUCCGCGAGAAUUUACGCUGAGAUGGCUAAUAAUAAUUUGACAUUUGAGGCGUAGGGAUGUAUUUGCAUUCCUAAAUUUUUUUGCACUAAAACGCGGCACAUUUUGUUCAGGAAGCUUGACAUUUUGGUAAUAAUUUUUCCACCCCUUGGCCGGUUGUAUAAAUCUCUUAACUAUAUUUUAACCACUAUCUUAUAUAGUUAAAUAGCGCUGGUAAUUCUAAAAUACGCUAUUUUGAUUCAGGUAAUUGACAGGAUAGUAAACCUUAACUACCUUUUUCUACAACCGGCCUCUGGACAACAUUUAAAACAUCUAUGUCUUGAUUGAUCUCCCAAGGGUAGCUUUAUAAGACCAACCCAAUUCUCUCAUAAAUUUGCCGUCACCAAAACCCAGUCAAAAAUACAGCAAAUCCAAGAUGGAGCCGACGAAAAGCUCUUUGCUUUCAAAUAUCAAGAACUAUAAGCAACAUAUAGAAAAUCUCUAUUGUAAACUGUCUUGUUUUAUAUGCAGUAUAAUGUAAAUUUAACAGUUAUUUCAAGUAAGGAAAACAAAGUUCCCAUUUGCAAUAUCUUGCUUUUUGUAUUAAAGUUUGUCUAUAAAUCUUCAUUUCAAUUAAUGAAUAGGUGUCAGGCAGCCCACGAUUGUUUUCAACUGUGAUGUCUGUCUACAGGUCAGUAUGUUAUUUCAAUACUUUAUAUCCUAUUAAAAAGACCCUGGCCAGCUGGAGCAUGCAUGGAAAUUGUGAAAACUGCUGUAUAGUAUAAAUGUCGGUUUGAAACUACUAGUAAAAAUAAUCGAAUAAUUACUCGCUGUGGCACUUGCGCCCAGGCGAGUAUAGGUUUCUGUACGCAUUUUUGGUGGAUGUCAGAUGUCGAAUUUCCGAUCGUCGUCGAAGCCACAAAAUAGAAUAUUAAUGAGCUGCCAAUUUUUGCCCAAAUUAUCCAUGAGGCUCCUGCCAAAUUUUACCCAAAUUAUCCAUAAAUAACCCUACGUUUUGAGGAAAAUUCAAGAAUUUUACUUAAAAAGGGAAAGCUACUGUUUAUUUUAACCAGCACGUUCUUUUAAAACUGCUUUUUUACGGCAUUGUGAAUUCCACGAAAUUCAACGGCAAGAAUAAUGAAUUUAAAGUUGCAUCAAUGCCAAAUUAAUACAAAGACAGCGAUGCACAAAACAAUUGUAUGAAAUAUAAACAUCUCGAACAGUCGAACAUGAGGCCUAAAAAAUACCUGUGGUUCCGGUUCCCGACCGACCCUAUCUUUUUCUGCCGACCCUAUUAUUUUUUCAACGCGAUUGACCGUGCGACCCUAUUUUCUCCGGGUGGUUGCGGGCUGCUGCCAAAAUGGCGUCUGUUGCCACACUAAUUAUUGAAAAAACCAUGAAAAAAUAUUCAAAAAAAAUUAUUUUCGACCUACCGACCCUAAUUUUUUCGCGAUAUGAAACCGGAACCACAGGUAUUUUUUUAGGCCGGAUAUAAACUCAAACGGUCUGGACCAGCGUACGUAGUGAGAAUAUAAACACCAGAAAGCUUCAAAGCUGCGAAUUGAAAGGAAUUCAACUACCUGAAAAAUACAACUAAAACAUCGACCUUUCGAGCGUAGGCCCUUCGUCGGGACGUUAGUGAACUGGUGAACUGAGAGUACAGUAUAUUAACCGUAUCUGCAUGCUAACUAUGUAUUUGUAAGAACAGAGUAAAGAUUUUGCAACAAGGGACAGGUGACAACUCUUCAAUUGACCAUAUGAUUGUACUACCGUAUCACUAUAGCCCCAGCGAGUUAACGCUCUUUUGAGCGUCUUGUUUUGUUUUGAUCCGGAGAUGAAUAAUCCAAUCUGGAGCUAAGCAACCAUUUAAAUUGCGCAAAAAGUACUAUCCACUUUCCCAGUAUAUGCUAAUAUCAAAGAUGCUGAUAAUCCAGUGGCCCAUCAAAUAAAACGGCAUAUUACAAGACUCGAACCUCAGUCGUAGAGGUGAAAACUCAUACACACUAACCAUGCACUGUUCUACUUUCACUCCGCAACUAACUCAUGCCUAACUUUCAACUAUCUAUUUGUUUCCACUCAGGGCCUAUGAAUCGUCGAAACUUUAUCGUGACUUGAAACUACGUGGUGCUUUGAUUGAAAACAAACAGCUCCGCAUUCUUCCUCUGGAACAGGUCUAUGACAAGGUAGAGUAGAUUUAGAACUGAGGCCGGUUCUACUAUGGUUGUACGAAGGCCGCUUACCGCUAUCCAAUGGAAAGUUGUUUUUUUAAGCUUUCUACACUCUAAAAUCAUUCCGGUUAAAAUUUCCUGGUUCUUGGGUUAACCUAAUAUUAAUGGUUACAUUUUUUGGUUAUUUUAUUUCACUUCCUGCCAUAAUCCGAUUAAUGUAAAAGAAAUAUUGUUAUAUUUGACCCAUAUGGCCGAAUUUUGGGAGGUAUCGGGAAGUGAGCACCUCCCCUCACUCGAUAAAGAUCGUCGUUUUAACCGCUUUUAAAUGCAACAGGUCCAAAUAAUGGGUCAUCGAGACAGGAAGACACGACUUAAAACACAAAAGCGUAAAUAUUUACACAAUAAUUGCAGAAUAUGCAGCGUACACUUGAGGAAAUGACGCUGACGUGAUGUUCGCAGCAAGUGUCACACACGUCAUCUUAAGGAAAGGUGUACAGUGAGGCUUCUGGUAUAUUUUCUAUUCUGUGAUCUCACCAACAAGUGGCGAUAAAUUAAAACCACCAUUUUUUUAAAUUUGAACUAAGUAAAAAAUAAACCACUCUGAAUGCGCUUUCUUCCUCCCAUUGCUCCAAAGAGCGAAAGGAACGGUCAUCAAUAAUUACUAACGUCACUAUAAAAGCAACCUUAGUAAUCUGCUUCCCGCUCAGAAGAAAGCACUACCACUCAUCAUCGUGGUUGUGAAUGUUGUCUAUGUUAGAGAACAAAGACGGGACACGUACUAUAGAAAUGAUCCUAAAAAGUACGGUCUUAAAAAUAAUGUUGCAAAUUGGAGUAUUUAAGUUUAAAACUUGAGCCUACCGCAUGUGGGACGUGAUACCAAUAACAAUUGUAUCGUCUAACACGAGGUCUAGUGCAUAAGCAGAAUUAGCAAGUACUAAAAAUAUGUAUAAAAUCUAAGUAAAAUAUUUGUUUAUGAAAUAUGGCAGUAAGAAUUGUUAAAAGUAUUUAUUAACUAUGGAAAAUGUUUGUCAAACAUACUACGCAUGCGCACUUUGUAUACCCAAAUUGUGAUGCAUUAUAGCCAACCCUGGACAGCAGCAAUUGUACCACUGUUCACAAACUUUGAAAAAAAUGUCCACUGCUGUACUAAAUAAUUAUGUAGUGUUGAAAUAUUUCAAAUUCCUUCAGUUUCGUGUCAUGUACAAAUCUCACCAACAAGUAGCGAUAAAUUAAACAUGAAGAAGUUUUCUUUGGUAGGGAUGCAACUACCUGAAAAACAUAAGGAGAAUUUCGACUUUUCGAGCGAAGGGAGUUGGAUUCUUUUUAAAGCUUUCUACACUCUGAAAACACUCGGGUUAAAAUUUCCUGGUUUAGGGACCGGUCAUUAUUUAUGGCGGGGGGUGGCACCGAAGAGAAAAGGGUUGGGUAAACAAAAUUUUGAGUGAUUAAAAGGUUGGGUAAAUGAAAAACAAAACAACUCAAGGGUUGGGUAAUAAAAAUUUAUUGUCAUUUCCAAAGCAUGAGUGCAUGACUCACUAAAAUACUCACUAAAAAGCAAUGUCAACAGUCAUAUGUCAAUACAAUAUGUGAAUCAAUCAGAGUCACUAUCUUGAUCACUGUUUUCCGAUUUGUUGGGAGACAAAUAGUGCAUGUCUCAAAGAAAGUACAUGUGCAGACAACAUGAAACUUUAGACUGCAGAAAAUUUCCCAAUCCGUUAUCAAACUCAUGUCACAGAAGUGGUAAAGGACACGUGUGACAACUGAAUGGGUAUCAUUUUGGAACGUUUUUGGCCAGGGGUGGUUAUUUAUUUUUUUAAUUGAUAUUUAAGGUUGGUUAACCAUUUUUUUUUACUUUUUAAUGGUUGGGUCAGCAAAAUUUUGGCCACGAAAAUCUUUUCUCUUUGGUUCCACCCACACCAUAAAUAAUGACCGGUCCCUAACCUAGAAAUAACACUUCUUGGGUUAACUUAAUAUUCUAUUUUAAACUAAAUAUUAAAUUUUUUGGUUAUUUUAUCUCACUUCCUACCAUAAUCCGGUUAUGUAAAAGAAAUAUUGUUAUAUCUGACCCAUAUGGCCGGAUUUUGGGGGAGGUGUCGGGUGGUGAACACCUCCCCUCAUAUCGUUUUGCACCUCCCCUGGGAUUUUUUGCACCUCCCCUAAAAGGUCCUGGACCUCCCCUUCGAAAACGUUAAAUGGUGAAAAUUAGACAAAAUUUUAUGUGUUUACUUUGCAAGAACGUUUUUCUGUAAUUACAUGCAUGAUACACAAAUUUCGCGGUAAUGUAAUGAAGGGCAAAAUUGGAUAAGUCAUAAUUCAUAAAAACACUGAUACAUACAGUAUGUAUUGUAGUACAUUGCAUACUUCACCUAACUUUCAAUCAUAUGGUGGCUGUGAACAAGACUGCACCACCUCCACCAACAUUUCCACCAAAAUCCGGCCUUGAUUUCUCCGGGACAUCCUUAUUAAUAACCAGACAAUGUUAAGUGGAUAAAUAAGCAGGGGCGCUUCGUUAGUUAUCCCCCUGAUAUAGUCUGGUUAAUUUAACCAUGCAGGAAGUCCUGGUCAAAUUAGCUAGACUAUGUAGUGGGAAAAAGAUUAAGUUUACCGGGAAAGUUAACCAGGAAUGUUCAGUUAAACCAAAUAGAGGUAUUUCUAGGUUAAGCAGGAAAAUUUUAACCAGAUUGUUUUGGAGUGUAAAAUUGGGCAAGAUGUUUACAGUGGAAGGCAAUCCAUCGGGGCAACGUGUAGCCACAAUGGUUGAUGUAGUAUUGCAAAUAACCUUAGUUUGCAGAUAGGCAGCUUCGACCUGCACAUGUACUUGUUCGGACGGGCAACCAAGGAAAUUUUGUUUGUGAUAACCGUAAAGGCACAGUAUCACCUGCUAAGCGAUGUGAUUGUAGGUCCUCGCGACGGUAUGACAUUAUUGUAAUUUGAUAUUAUUGAUUAUGUUUGGAAACGAAGGUUCAGAUUAUUUUAAAAGUUGUCGGAAUUGAAGAUUCGGUAUUGCGCAGACCCAUAAUUUAUUAUAUAAUAAGCGACAUAAUAUCGCCACUCCUUUUGCACAAAUGCGAAAAAACCUUGAAAAUGUUUGCGAACUCUUUCAAGCUUCAUGCGGACUGAAUCACAUCGCUGAGUUGGUGACACUGUGCCUACCACAUAGAAAAAUUUAAAAAUUGUUCUAACUGGCGAAAGUUGUUUCCCUUUACUGGCAACGAAUAUGCUUUUUUUCUGUGCUUCCAGGUGUGCUUUGAUAUUUUUCUACUAAUAAAAAUUGAUUUUUUUUAGAUAAAUGGUGUUUGGAAUUUAUCGAGUGACCAGGUUAGUGUCAUACAUCAAGAACUGAAUAUUUAUUAUAUAUUAUUAUAUAUAAUAUAGUGUCAUAAUUGUAAAGAUUUGAUAACUAAAUGUAGAUGCCAAUAUGGGAUUUUUGCCAAUUCAGGGUAAUCUUGGAACAUUUUACAUAACGAACGUUCGCUUGGUCUGGCACGCAAACAUGAACGACAGUUUUAAUGUGAGCAUUCCUUAUCUGCAAAUGGUAAGUUUCACAAGCAUGAAUAUCUUGCUCGUGCAUUAAAUAAAUAAUUUACUUGAUUUUAGUUUAUCAUUUUGUUACCCAUUACAGUAGGGACCUCAAAAAUAUCACUCGAUAAACGGGCAAGCCGACAGUAAAAUAAUACAUCCAAGCACUUUUCUAGUCUUUCUACUGUCGGUGUACCGUAGUAAAAACUCAACAUCUUCAAUCUUUCUCCAUAAUUAUAUAUCACACUGUGUUUAAUUUGAAGAAAUUGUGUCCAAUGUGAAUAAUUAACUGUAAAAGGAAGAAACUACUUGAUCUUUGUAUAUUCUUCAACAAAUCAUUAAAAACCUAUUUUAAAACGGUUGUAUUUUUGCUCAGAAGUACUGGGAAAUGUCAUUUCUUGGAGACAAAUCAAGAAUUUUCCAGGGGGUGGGGAUUUUGGUGGAACUUGGGGAGUGUUCUCCUUCUAGAACUCAAUCUUCUUCCAAAGAAAUGGUAGUAAACUUAAAUGUUAGGAUUAUUGUGGCCAUCUCACUUGAUUGAACUGAUGUUGAAAGGUUUUGUAGAUGGAUAUGUCGAAUGUAAAUUUUAUACAGUUAUUUAGACCUAACCAGGGGCAGUUGCGAGAAAAAUAGAGGUGAGCCGAUGUUUAAAAAAAGCCGAUUGGCGAUACCGAUUGUUAAGAGCCGAUAUUUACCGACCAUCGGCCGAUUAAUCGGCAAAACCGAUGGUUGCUUAUUAUUACUAAAACUGCUGAUGCACGUGACUUAAAGGAACGCGACGGCAAACUUAUUCUCCCGUAAAAACAUGCAGGAACACAGCAACAUUUCUCAGCAUUGUGAAAUCAACAUCGUGUUACUGGUGAGAUCUGAUUGGUCCACGGAGUCACGGACCACGAUAAAAAAUUGCAAACUUACGAAUUGCGAAAGCCACUUUCGAUCAGUGUUUUCACACCAAAUAUUUACAAUUUCAAUAUUUUUGACUAACACCGCUGACCAUUCCGAUGGUGAAAGACAAUCGGCCGAUGGCCGAUUGUGAAAAAACAAGCCGAUUAAUCGGGUUUGCCGAUAUUUUGCCGAUGAUCGGCUCACCUCUAGAGAAAAAUGCAACUAUAGGCUCUCUGGCAGGAACGGAAAUGUAUAAAAAUUUAUACGCGAAAUUUCCGUCUACAGUACCCUUCAACAUCAGUUCAAUCGAGUGAGAUGGCCACAAUAAUCCUAAUAUUUUCCCUUAUCAAGAUUUUGUUGGCAUCUCGGUUGGUUAGAGCGCUGCUCUGGAAUCGCAGGGCCGAAGGUUCGAUUCCUGCCAGGGACCUAUAGUUACAUUUUUCGCAGCUCUUCCUGGUUAGGUCUAUAAACGUAUAUAGAAUUUCCACUCGAUAUAAUGUUUAAUUCUUUCAGAAAUCCGUUCGUAUUCGAGACUCGAAAUUUGGGCUGGCGUUAGUCCUGGAGACGUCACAACAGGUAUGUUGCAUUUGUUGAUCAUUUUUGCGAGUGGAAGCAUUUGUUUAUAGUUUUCACCUCGCUGCUUUUGGGGGUUAUCGAUUCAUGUCUAGGAUUAGCGUAUAAUUAUGAUUAGGGUUAGGAUUAAGGUAUGAAUAGGGAGAGGAUUAUAGUGUGAUUAAGGAGAUUAGGGUUGGAAUAGCGUUUCGAUAGGGAAAUGGUUAAGACUAAGAUUACGGUAUAUUUAGGGUUAGGAUUAAUGAUAGAAUUACUAAGGUAUGAUUCCCUGGGUUAGGAAUCCAUAUAUAACAGCGAAACAAAAGGACAUUAAUCUUUUGGGCGUUUUCAUAUCAUAUUGGGUCCGUAAAAGACCGUGCGGGUUAGGGUCAAUGUGUAGUAGGGACUUGCUGCUAUAUUUGGCUCAAACUAUUUUGCAACAACACUCGCUGUCUUAUAUUUUAUUUAACCCCAUAUUUUAUUUCUUAUUUUAAACAUUUUGAGAAAUAAUCGUACAGAGCUGAGUAUUAAAAAGAUCUAUAGCACCGAAAUAGUCCCGUGGUAUAAGAUUGCAAUGUCUGUGCAUUAAAGCAUUACACAACAUACGCACACCUUCAUCACCAAUGUCAUUUGAACUAAAAUCUUAGGUUACUACAAAGUUCACUAUUAAAAACUUCACAGAGUUGGGAUAUUCCACUUGAACUUAUUCUGUAACACGCGAAGAUGUCAGUCUUUAAUAUGUGCACAUAAGAUUGGUCAACCUGACUAAACUUCCUGUGUUCGUGGUUCAGUGUACAUUUUGAUUUCAUCAAUGCAGUAAUUAGAUGUCCCGUUGCCAAAUUAUUACCAAAACUUUUGUUGAUCACCACAAACCGUUCUAAGCAUCGUUGUAGCAAUUUACCACUUCCAGAACACAAUUAUUGCCACUCAUUGCAGUAACCAAUUGUAAUUUUAAUAAAUUAUAUUGUUCAAAUGUUUGCGAACGAAAGUCAUUGCCGCCCAGUCACUUGUGGAAAGUUGUUUGCUAAUUGUAUUGAUACCGUGAUGUCGGUCUAAUUCUGGUAACAUGAUUUAAACAUGGCAGUUCACAUGCUUUUUUAGCAAUCUCUUCGUCAUCUACUUCUUUUAAACAUUUCAAUACAAGCACGUGACCAGAAUCGUUAAGGUCAAUCUCAAAGUCACCAUGACCUACGGUUAAGCUUUUUGCAAAUGCAAAAACACAAUCAUGGUAAUCACUGUCGAACAUCUUUAUUUUCUCGCCUAAAAGCCCAGCAAUAAACUGAAGUACUAAAUGCCAUCUACCACUUUUAAUAUGAGUGGAAAUGAACUUCUCUAUCUCGUUCGGUGCUAAAGUCUCAGUCACGUGCCUUGCAGCAAGAUAUUCUUGCAUACUUAAGUGUAUAAAGCAAAACUGUGUUUGAACUGGAAAGAUAGGAUUAGAUAAACUGUUCACCAAACCAGAGUUUCUCAUUUGUUCAUCGAGUAAGUGUUUAUCGAAAACCAAUUGCCCGUUUUCCAUGCCAUGGAACGCUAAUUUCGCAAGACUUUCUACCGUUUGUUUAGAAGACUGGUCGCCUAAUUUUCGGUUGCGAUGUGUCACAAAGUGAUCUAUGGCCGUCUUGUAAAGGUCGGUCAAUGUUGUUGGAAGUUCACCGCCACCAGUGUCAUUUUUAGGAUCACAGAGACAUCCAGACAGGGUAGUGCAUACUAUGAAACUGUUUACAGGAAUGUAACAUAAAUUCAACACGUCUGUAGAGGAGUUUAUGUGAUUCCAUAUCUUAGGUUUUAAGUCACUUCUGUUAAUGUUCUCACAAAAUGUGCUGACAUACUCUUCGAUUUUAUCGGAAGUGAAACCAAUAAUCUCCACACUUCUAUCGAAAUUAAGCCUUGAGUAAAAGUCAUCUGCGGUUGGUCUGCUCGUUACUAGAAUCGCUGAUCCUUGCAACAAGUCACCAAAAGCCAGUUUAAUGAAAAAGUUCAUUGCAGACGUGGAAAUGUUACAAUCGUUUAGAAGUCCUUGUGACUCUUGUAGAUAGUUCGUUAGGUCGCCAUCGAACUCAUCCAAACCAUCGAAAAUAAAAAUUGCUUUCUUGGGUUCUUUUAACACCUCUUCAAAAAUACUUUGAAUUUUUUCUUCACUAAGUUUUGUUCCAUAACGAAGAAACGUCUUAAGGGAUACUUUUUUUAACUCAUCAAUUUUAUUGAACCAUCUAAUUUUGAACAAGAAGACAAUCUUACCACAAUAGAAAUCAUCGAUUCCUCUUGCCCAAUCACGGAUAAGUUUUUCUGUCAACACAGUUUUACCUAUUCCAGGUCGACCAACUGCCAGUAUGGUGCGAGGAAACUUGUCUUUCGUAUCUUUAUUGGGAUAAAAUAAAUCUUUAAUCUCUCUCAGACGUAUGGAGUCCUCAGGAACCUUCAUAUAAACAUUAAAUAUCUCAUGUCUGUUCAUUUCUUUUGAAAACAAGUGUAGAGCACGUCCAGUGUGGAUAAUGACGUCAAUAUACAAAUGAUCUAGGUUUACUUCAGACGUUGGAUAAAAUAUGUCAGAUGUACGAAGAGAAUUCAAAAGUUGUUGUUUGUAAAAUUGUAUACAAUUUGCAAUGUUGUCAUUGAUGCUGAGUAGUUCAUGUUUACCUCUCGUAUAUCGCUUGCGAAGAAGAUACACAGUGAUAAACUCAGUAUCAGAGCUCCAGCCAACUCCGGGACGACACUGGAGGAUUGGAAACCGUCGCCAAAGAUAAAUCACUUCCCCGAAUAUUAUCAAAGCAAACACAGUAUUUAAUACAGACACAAUUACGGCCCAUACCUGUUUUUCUGAUGCAGUCGUAUUCUCGCAUGUCAUUGAAGUAGUAUUUACCAGACCAAUAUUCGCAUUCUGUUCCAUUUUGGACGUUAUAUCAAUUGUAGGUAGUCUGCAACUAAAACUUGAAUCAAAUCCACUGGGAUACAAUACUGUAUGUUGCAGAACAGUAAAUAGAAUUCCAAAUAGCGAACGGGCAACAAGAUGAAAAAAAUAGAAUGAGAAAACAUAAAAUCCAUCAUCACUUGUUUGAUCUCCAUCGGUUGUUGGCUCAUCACUUCCAUUCGAGGUUCUGUCAAUUGCGUCGACACGUCGGCUAACUGCGAGUGAAUAAAUAACACUGACAAGAACUGUGAUGCCAAUACUCAGUAAAACAAAGCCAUACAAAGGCAGAGGGGAGUUAUAAGCCUGUUCGUAUCUUGAAUAACAAGUCUUCUCGAUGUACGUUUUGUAUGCGGCUGUAGUUUUCUUGUCAAUCGUACAAGUAAAUUUUCCGAUCUCGCUCGCUCGAAGAGCCGAGGUUACACUUGUCAAUGUCAUUCCACAAAGAAAAUGCACUAUCAGACAUAUGUAAGCUACCACGCCGAAUCUCUUGGGCACUAAGUAAUCCUUUACACUGUCUAUCAUUUUCCUGCUUAUAUACCACGAAAUAUAUCUGAAGUAAGUCUGCUUUUCUUAUUAUUUUCCAAGUUAAUGUUUGUUAUAGUUCCUGCCCCUCCCAGGAUGUCGUCAACUCCCUCUCGAAAGGCAGCCGUGCGAAUGAAAGUAAACAAUAGUAAGAAAUAUAGUAAAAAAUCAAUGAUAUAAUAGCUGCUAUUCUAACAUUAGAAGGAAUGAAAAGUGUGAUAUAUGGUGAUGGUUUUUGGGAUGUAAAAGAUUAUAAUUAUUUAGUAUUUUUGCACAAGUGAAUAUAAUUAACAAUCCUACAAGUUGAUUGGUCAAAUUUGACGUAGGCCUAUAUUCAGCUGUUAUAUUCACCUACAGGUCAAUACCACAAAAUUGAAAUUUGCAAAAUGGCGGCUAGCCGUUUUGUGGAAGUUACUGAUAAACAAGUAAGCGAAACUAAAGUAUCCCCCCCCCCCCCCCCCCAAAAAAAAAAACACAAAAAAAAAACACAAAAGACUUCUGUAAAAUACUAUAGCAAUUAUUCGCCUCAGGCUCGGUGAUUUUCGGGGAAUAUUCACAGAGACUCCCGAUAAUCAUCUCGCCUUUGUUAAGUAGGCUAUAUAUUCAGAUGUCGACCACAGCUAUAAGCACUGCUGUAGUGUGGUAAAUAUUUUGGAUAUCAUAUAUAGCAUGAUGAGCUCACGUGGCUGAAGUAUAUUUUGAGUACGAGUCUUUUAUUUGGGUAGCGACUUUCAUUGUUGCCCUUAUACAUGCGUUACAAAAGUAAGCUGCUACAAGGGCCAAUUUUUGAUGACUAAUACAUGGUAGUUCAUCAGACUUAAUCGCCACAUAUAAAAUUGACAUUGAAGCAUCUUUCGAACGAUGUCAACCGGAUGCAGUAUAUUGGACUUUAUUUUGAAGGGCGGUAUAAUUAGCUGAAACUAUACGAGAGCGCAGUAAUAUCCAACUUUAAAAGUAAAAGUAAAAUUCAAGGAUUUUCAGUGUUAUGUAUCAGAAACGCGGCUGAAAAGAAGUAAAGUGACAAAUUCCAAAUGGCCACUUUAAAUGAAUAAACAGCUUUGUAUAACGCAUGAACAAAAUCUAUUCAACAGCAUAUCCGUUUUUUAAUGUCAAACAUUUCAAAAUAUCCAAAAAUUAAAUCUUGAAUUAUUUAAGGACUUUCAAUCAAACAAUUCUUUAUAAAUUCAAGGACUUUUCAAGGCCUUCAAUUUUUGUUUUCAAAUUCAAGGUAAUUCAACUUUUGUAUGAACCCGCAUGGAAUUGUUUUCUCAAUUGAAAACAUGCAAGUUCGAAACUUUCGCGAACGUUUACCGGCGGUGGCCGACAGUUUUUAGUAGGACCCCAUACGGAACAAUUGUGCGAUGCGAGGGUAUUAAUUUUGUUCAGUUAUUUACGCCGUAUGAUGCAUGAAAAGCAAUGUGAAGUCAGAUAAUUUAUGCCAAUUGCACGAGGAGAAUUCGUAACUUGGUGUUUCUAAAUUGUAUACGCUUUGAAGUGUUCUCAUCGACGCUUGGCGAAGUUAACGUUUAACUCGCGUUUAUCGCUUGCAAAGAAGUUAAACAGUAUAACAAAUUCAGUAUUACUAACAUGUGAUCUGAGUUUAUUACUGUAGGCCUAUAUCUACUUUGGAAGCGGCUCUAGUUAUAACUUCAGAACGCCAGAUAAGGAUUGCAGGCAAUCGUUGUUGAACAUAAAUCACUUCCGGGUAUAUUUUAAAGACACAAACAUUUAUAAUACAGACAAAAUCACAGUCCAUAAGGAGAAAAAAGUGUGAUUUCAGAUUCAGUUGCAGACCGCAAAUGUCACACCGAUAUAAUUUUCAAUAUAGAAAAGAACACGUUUGUUGCUCAGUUAGGAUAUAUUAAAUAAUUAUGUAUUAUUUAACUUGCAUUGCUGUCAAUACUGGAAGAUGCGUCUAAUAUUGGUAAUCUACAACGAAAUUCGAAAUCCAGUACACUGGGUCAAAAUACGAUCAGUUGCAGAACAGUAUAAAAAGAAUUUUAAAUUGGCAAAAAGAUGGAAAAAUCAAACGAGAGACAGAAAUCCAUGGCUGGAUUUUGAAGAAGAGUUCCAAUGUUGUAGGAAUUCCGAAGAAGAGUCAGCGUUAUUUUGAAGCCUUGUGAAAUUUACUCUUUUCUUGGGAUGUCUGAUUUCCAAUUCCUGGUCGUCCAUGUAAUUGAACGGUCAGGAAUAUGAAAUCAGAGGUCUGCAUGUACGAGGAAAACUGGCGUUCGUUUCUUAUUAGAAUAAAGGACAUGUUUGAUGUCUCUGUGACGCAUUGAGCUCUCAGGAACAUUGAUGUUUACAUCGUAUAUUUCAUGUCUAUCCAUGCGCUUGACAUAGAAUAUCUGAUGUGGACAUCUCACCACUUCAACCACGUUCACAACGACAUUUGAGGAAUGGACAUCAUCGCCAAGGAUUAAUCACUUAUCCAAGAAUCACGGUAGAAGCAAAUGUUUAAAUAUCCAGGUUGUCCCAAAAAAUGCAUGUGUUCCACAUUUUUGCCGACAGAUAAUUAUCAUUAAGCAUCCAAAAUUCAAUCUUAGAGAUGAAUUUUGACACAUGGUUAUUAAAAUUGGUCUAGUAUAGAACUAAUCUUGUGGCUGUUUAAGUCUGGUUCACCCAAAUGCCCAAUGUGGGACUAUAGAAACCAUGCAUCAGUUGUGUUAAGUAUUAAUAGUUUGAUGACCCUCCUGCAUGCAUGGAUCAAAUGAGGAUGAGAGUUGAUGAGACUUGGCAGUGACGCAUUCUUACAAGGGACAUCUCACGCUUUACAUUAACAAAAUAAAGGUUUGACGAGUGUUACAACUAUGCUUCAAUGGAAUACAUGAUAUAGUGUUGAGAAAGCGUUAAGAACAACUAACCGUCGCAUGCACUCGCACCCUAGUUUGAUCCGGGUUUCAUUUUAACCAGCCAAAACAUUGAUCAAUUUCAAUAAUAUCAUUACUGCAUGGUUUACACAGAUAUUUUUGUGCAUCCUGUAUAAUAUAGGCAGCGUUUACACUGUACCGUUUUCGUAGCGUUCUCGUAUUGUUCGAGAGAACUAGACUAUUGUCUUGCGUUCCCUUGAGGAUUAAGAACAAUACGAGAACGCUACGAAAACGGUACAGUGUAAACGCUGCCAUAGACACCAUCUGCAUCGGUCAAGCAUGCACUUAUAGUGACUUAGUUAAUCAUUCCCAUGCAUAUAAUUGCUUUUCCGAUGCAGUCGAAAUUUCGCUCGUCUACUACAUAACAGAUCCGUCCAUACAUAGUCAUAGAUGCUUGCAUUCUUUGGAGUUUGGUGUAGUAAUCCCAAGGGUGCGUAAACACAAUAGAAAGGAAUUUCAUGCUUGGGAAUGUAUAACGUGGACAAUUAGACUGUAUUUUCAAAUCCCAGGAGCAAAAUAAUCAAUGCUAAUUAGCAGGGGCUGUUAUGCAAAUUAUAUAGGGUGGCAUUUUUUUGAGAUACCCUACAUACUGUGUCUGUGUCUGCACCUUUGUAUCAACAGUACAAGUAUUUGAUCUUAAAACUGAGACUACAGCUGUAAAUAUCAGGCGACCAAGGAAAUGAAUUGUUAAAGAUACGAGUUAGCUACCACGCCGAAUAGGAGUUGGAAUCCUUUACAGCGUAUAUCAUCGUGGUAAAACAUGGAAUAAUUACGUAAUACAUAUCUUUCUUAAGAUUGUAAGGUUGUCAUAGUCAAUUGUAAAUCCAAGCGCGAACGGGAAGAUCAUUGGUACAUGUAUGCCUGUAGUUUUAAUAUUUUUAACUGUUUAAGUAGCCUGUGACCAUAACUCCUUUUUGUUUUGGCGAUUCCCAGGGGUAUACAUGCAUGUAUAAUUUUCUGAGUCAUACGACAACUCGCACAAUAAUCCACAUGCAUGCAAAAAGCUGUCCUAUUAUUUCUGUCAAGAAAAUAGUGCUCCAUCUAUAUCUGGAUUAUAGUCCUCAGAACGUACAUAGGGUUACAUUUUGGUACAUCAUGCGGUUCGUUUAAAGAGCUGCAUUUAUAUUUACUUGUAAUUAUGCAAAAUGUGGUAAGUGCUCACAACUUGCUAAUUCCACGAGGCGAUUUAUAAUACAUUUCACCCUAACUGGCUAUAAAAUAUUUCAUUCUCAUUAAACUCUUCGCGCUAAGAUUGUGCAAUUGCAUGACUAUAUUGCUUGUGACAACCUUAUUGUUUGCUUUUCUUGCGAUUUUGCCAAAUGAAUGUUGACAAGAAUCACCGUUUUGUUCAUCUUUACGCAGAGCUUCCAGAGUUGAAAGCUUGUGGACUUCUGGAUAUUUUGGCAGAUGUUAUCAUUGAGGUGCGGCUGUAAAAAUAGUCCUGCAUGCAAAAGUUACGGAUUAGAAUUUUAAAUAACUUGAAAGGAGAAGCUUUGAAAAGGAUUUUGAGAGCAAGAAGUUUUACGUUCAUGAUCCACAAGAAGAAGAAGAGUGGAAGUCAGCUAUCUGGUCAAUCUACUGAAGUCAAACUUUUCCCUGCCACCGUUAAUUAUUUAAGAUAGUUGUGAAGCGUGGUCUCUCAUGAAGUUAUACUUCAGAAAAUAUUGAAUGGUCGUAACUUAUAAUCAUGGAGCUAUAAAGCCCCUAAUAUGAUAAGUUGAUAUCAUAUUACGGAGUAUAUAUAUAUAUAUAUAUAUAUAUAUAUAUAUAUAUAUAUAUAUAUAUAUAUAUAUAUAUAUAUAUAUAUAUAUAUAUAUAUAUAUAUAUAUAUAUAUAUAUAUAUAUAGCGGUAUUUUGCGUGAAAUUACAAAUACGCAGGAAAUUGUUAGUUUUUAGUGCAAAGUUGCUUUGCACUAUUGUUAUGAGAAAAAUUCAAUUCAGUGACCGAUCAAUGGAUCGAUAGAGUAAACAAUCCGGGGGGAGCUUGGAAAUGAUUUUUUUAUUACGUUUUCUAGAGCUUCGAGACGUUCGGCCAACUAAUUGUUCAUAGCUGCUUGUAGAUUAUAACAAUAUAUUUAUAUUCAUGAUGGUACAUGCAUGUUCUUACUCAUUUUAUCCGACAUUUAGAGAAGUUAUAACCAGUAUAACCAAGCUUUUGUCAAACUAUUGGCAUUUCUCACUUAUGGCAUUUCAUUGAUUAACUGUAAAAUAUUAUAGUAGUGAGAAAUAUUUAGAUGUCGGCCAUAGUUCUGUUUGCAUAUUAUAAAAGUCAUUAGACAGCAAGUUCUGGAGCACGUUGCCAGCACGCAGUCGACUUGAACCAGUCCUGUUUUCUCGAUGGCUUUCUAAAUCUGGAAAUGAUUUCGAAUGUCAGGUGACAACAAUUUCUUCGGUUUAUUUUGUUUUGUAUUACAGUCAAAAUACAAGAACCUUUCCGCUUCUGUAACUUGUCUUGUAUUUCUGUAAUUUGUUCUAUUUUUCUGUAGCGAGUACCGCUUUAUCGGCAAAUAUCGCGGUAGGGUCCGGUCGAAUUUCGCUUUCCUUCCCUUAUAUAUACGUCAAUUUGUAGCAAUGGAUACACCUUUCGUUAGAUUCUUUGCAUAAAAGUUGCGAUUAUAUAUAGAUGCAUCAAUCCUAUUUCAUACAUUAUGCGAAUCAACAUAAAUCUUAAUUAUCAUUUGUCAUAUCAACUUUGCACUAUCCUUGGGAUCUCUGAGUUGGAUAUUCUGCUCAAGCUCAUACAAUAAUUGUUUGAUACUUGUAUUGUGUGCUUAUACAUAGAGUGGAGGAUACGUUCUUGGUUUCCGUAUUGAUCCUGCUGAAAAAUUGCAAGAUGCUGUUAAAGAGAUUCAGAGUCUUCAACGGGUAUGUUUUAUUAAUGCGAUAAGAUUUUUCAGUGUAUUUUGCUGGAGGCAGGAAGGGGCGUCAAAACCUAGCAGAAAAUAUUUGAAUAAUACGCUCAAAGUGGGCCGUACUUUAUAUCUAUACCUUUGUCAAUGGUAGCUAUUGCUAAAUGAAAUUAUCUCUUUAUUCCAAUUUAGAAGCUUGACCAAAGUGUAUAUAUACUUGCAGACGAUUAAAAUUAACGCAAACGUUUAAAAUUGGUUAGAGCGCUGCACCAUGCAGAAUCGCAAGAUCACAGGUUCGAUUCCACUACAGAGGAAUCGAAUCUGUGAUCCAGAGGUUCGAUUCCACCCAGAUUCCUGCGAUCCAGAAGUUCGAUUCGACCCAGAUUCGUAGGUUGGAUUUCACCCAGAGGGCCUAUAUAGUGGCAUUUCACACAACUGCUCCUCGUUAGCUCUAAUAAAUGUUAACAUUUACACUCGAAAUUACCGUCUACAAAAUCAUUCAAGAUUCCCAAAAUCCAGACUGAAAUUUAAAAACCAAUUUAAGGCUAAAUCUUUUAACAGUUUAUUUAAAGUGCAUAUGACAUGAUUUUUUUAUUUUCUUAAAUGAAAGAACUCUUUAUGCUGUAGAGUAACUUAUUUUUCAGUUUCUUGUUUUUAUGGUUUGUUCCCGAGAUAUUUCAAUUUGUUUGAUAUGUAAAUGAGUGUGAAUAUGUCCGCUAAUUUAUGACGUCACGUUGGUUGCAAGCUCUUCAAAAUGGUUGCAUAUUACGGCCAUCAUCCAAGAUAAUAAUUCCUAACUUCACUCACUGGUAAAUGUGAUAAAAUACUGGAGAAAAACGUGAGCUGAUAUCUACAGUUUUUAGAGUGAAUAGACUUAUAACAUGCAGUGUAAAUUGAGCUUGCAACCAACGUGACGUCAUAAAUUAGCGGACAUAUUCACACUCAUUUACAUACCAAGUAAAUUGAAAUAUCUCGGGAGCAAACCAUGAAAACAAGAAACUUAAAAAUAAGUUACACUACAGCUUAAUUUAAAUUAAAGAGUUCUUUCAUUUAAGAAAAUUAAAAAAUUCCUGUCAUAUGCACUUUAAAGUGAAUCUAAAUUGAUUGCACUUUUUUUCUGCAUGGAAUUUUGUUCCUAAAGUUUGCACUCGAGUAUACUGACCAAACUGAUAUAGUAAUAGUAUAAACAUUAACAAUGUUUUAUUAAUUUUACGCAAAAUGUUUAAAGCAUGAUUAUACUUGAGUUAUUACAAGAUCAAAUUACCUAGAUAUAACAACAACUUCAACAUUUCUAGCGAUGUCCCUGCAUCAUAAUAAUUUAUUAAUUCUGCAAUUGUAUCUUAAGGUUUAUAGCGCUAGUCCUAUAUUUGGAGUAGAGUUUGAGGCAGAAGAAAGGGUAUGUUACUGUUUUCCGGUUUUUCUCAAUCUAAAUCACGUUUUACGUACCGUUGUAAAUUGUCAACCAAUUAACAGCGUUUGAUCAAGAGUGUAUGUAAUUUCAACAUAAUUAUUUGCCCCCUCUUCCGCUCCCAUUUUGGAAUAGCGAGUAUCCUUCCCUAUCAUAUAUAGAGGUAGGUUGAAAUAAUAAGGUAAUAUAAUAAUGCUGAGUAUAUAGUGAAACUUUCUUUAUCUCAUUUUUUUAGUCAUGUUCUUCUCCAAGCCCCGACUUUACCCCGCCCAAUAGCAGUAGGAAGGAGGUCGCAAAUUAUAAAUAUAGAGUAGUACACCCCGCGUUUUUAGAAGUGUUGCGAAUCCUCUUUGAUUAGGGCAUGGCGAAUCCUCUUUGAUUAGGGCAUGGCUGCUCGAUGAUGAAUUUGUAUAAUCCCGAUUGUCGUGAGAAGUAAAUCUUCUAUUAUCGUCUUCGGCUGCGCAAUCGUCAGGGCAAUUCUUUUACUUCUGAAAUCGUAGGUUUGAUUCUCGUUCCGGACAGACCAACUCAAGACUUUCAUGUGAAAAGAGUCAGUCAACCCUCUGCCGAAAGUCGUGGGUUUUCUCCGGGUUCUCUGUGUUCCUUCCACAGAAAGUGUUGACAGGUUGGGUUGGGAUAAACCUCCUAACUGACCCUUCCAUGACUGUGCUGCUUGAUGAUGAGCCAUAAGCGUGGUAUCCGGAGGCCCUUAAAAUGCCUUCGACUUGAUCAGCUUGAGCUGCGUCUUUCGCAAUAUAGCUUAGCUCUCAGUAUAUGGGAUGAUUAUCACACUCCCACUUACCUACUUAGUACUUACUUAUAUUCCAUAUUAACACCAACAACUUUCACUGAAACUAUUUGAACGUAUAGCGAUAUAUAUUCUUAACCUUUGAUUACUUUGCACUACCGACAAUCCAAAACAAAACGUUCCACACCUCAUAUUUUUCACAGGGACCUAUAUUGGAAAACUAGGACCACCAAAGAGAAACUAAUAUUCUUCUGCAAUUGCUUUCAGCCGAAUACUUUACAAGAAACAACAGUUGAUCCAGUACAUGAUGAUAUUGAGAUUACCAGUGAAGGCGAAGGGACUGAUGCUUUUGCAGUAAGUGUCGUCAUAGAGACUGGGUCAGGAUAUAUAUUGGUUCUGUAUAUAUACCAUAUAUACACAAUAAAAUCAAACAUUUGGUCCUGGAUUAAAAACUAAACUUUAUUUAUACUAUAUAUAGCUCCAUCCGUUAUACUGUAUAAAUUGUUCUCCAUCGAAAUUUGGGUCCUACAAGGGUAUAGAGUUGGAAAGUCAUAAAAGGAAAAUACCCUAAGAGACUUAGACAUGAGUGUGAGGUAGAAUCAAACUGGUAGCAUUCCAAUUCUAUUUGUAUCGUUCAUGUGAAAAAACAUUAUGUUUAUUUCCUAAAGCAAUCGUUCCUUUACCCCUCUCCUGAUCAGUUUAACUGCAGGACUUACGAACGCUUUGUGAAAUAAAUAAACCAGCAAAACAAUUAGAUUAUGAUCACCAUAAUACGCGAGGAAUUGAUGAUAAAUUAGGGAUCUUUUCACAUAAUACUGCUUAUAGAAUUACAAUUACACCGCAGUUCAAUUAGGUAUAGAGCGUUUUGCGCUCAUUCCCCAGAGACCAACUCAACUAUACAAAAGCCAUGGCGACCAUGUUGGUGUUCCAGAGAAAAGGGUCUAAUUGAAAUUCUUUUGAAUUGGAACACCAACAUGGCGGCGGUGACGUCAUGUGCAAACGCUCUAUAGACAAAGAAUAUUCCCUUUAUUUUGUUUGCUAUUAUUGAUUGAAUAUUUGUCUUUCGUUUUCUUAGGCAUAUUUUGCGGACGGAGACAAGGUAAGUUUCUUCAGGACUGGGAGUUAUACCGGUAUUUUUCCAAUUAUUCUGAAGACCAAUUGCUGAUGCUGGUGCAACUCGAUAAAAGUGCGAGUUUCCGCUAUUCCUUCGGAAAAUUAUGACUUAAAUGAGAGUAAAGCUUUUUUGAAAAUAUCAAAAGUUCUACACAUUUAUUAAUAAAAAUUUGAAAAAUAUGUAGAUAAAGAUUUUGAUGGUUUCUAUUGGAAGAAAUCUUGACACCUGGAAAAUCGCAUUAAAAUUCUUCUAACUUUUUCUUUCUAAUUUUGAAUUUCUAGGCCGGGGUUAUACGGUUGAUUCAUUUUAUAUAAAUCUACUUUGUUUCUGCUGUUAUGCACUCAGAUGCCUACUCCGAAUUGGUCAAAUUAAAAAGGACCAAGUUUGAAAAGUAAUAAAAUAAAUGGAAAAAUCAACUAUACUGCAUGAAGAAAGAAAGCAUCCCAAAAACCACAAGGUGUGACCACAUUUGCAGUGCUGGAAUAUGUCUAGUGCUUUUGCUUGGGGUCUACGACGUUGGCUAAAAAAUGUUCGGCAUGCAGUUUAUAUUUUGCACCCACUUUGUCUUGUAACCAGGCCUGAUUCAAGACGGCGGCCUCCAGUUGCUACAAAUUAAAUUAUGUUUGUGAUGUUGUCUCUGAGUGUGUCCACACCUACCAGCUGAAACGUUUCAGGAACAAAAUAUUCAAGAUCGUAAAAGUAUACUGAUAUCGAAGGAGCCAAACACAGUUCCGUAAUAUCACCCACUCGAACGACUUGACCCCCUAGCUCAGUUGGUGUAGAGCAUUGGACUAGCAAACCAAAGGUCGUGGAUUCGAUUGGGAUGCUUUCUGCGAUCAGUAGUUGAUUUUUUCCUUUAUUUUGUUACUUUUCAAACUUGGUCCUUGUACAUUCGUCAAAUUCGCAGAUGGCAAUAGACAAUUACCAUUAGAGACUAAUUUUAAAAUUAGGCAAGGAGAUGCAAAUAAAUCACCACAGCUUGAAAGCAUACUAAAAUUAGUAAAAUUACAAAGUUUGGUUGCGAAAUGUUGUAAAAUGCGGAAAAUAUAGCCUUGCAAAGUUCGCAAAUUUUGUAUAAUACUUUUGUAUUGCGUGCGGAAAUUCCUACCACAUUCUGGCUGAAAAUGGUAGCAAUUUCCACACGCAAUACAAAAGUAUACAAAAUUUGCGAAAUUUGUAAGGCUAUAUUUUCCGCGUUUUACAAUUACAUCUCGCAACCAAAUUUUGCAUUUUUACUAAUUUUAGUAUGCUUUUUCUAUAGCUAUGGUGAUUUAUUUGCAUCUCCUUGCCUGGUUUUAAAGUAAGUUUAUAAUGGGAAUAAUAUUAAAAACUAUUUUGCUGAUGUUCAUGACUGUGUUUUUGUUCGUUAGUCGAAAGACCGAGAACCUGUCUACAACCCCGAGCUUGGUUUGGCAAUAGAGAAGCUGAAAGAUGGAUUUACAUUGCAAGGUCUUUGGGAGGUUAUGCCAAACUGAAUUGUUUAUCUUUUACCACUAAACAAUCUAUCUGUAAAAUAUAAACAAAGUAAAAACGUUAUUGUAAAAAGAUAAUAUAUGCAAUAUUUAUUCAGUUUACUCAUUUAUAUUAUGAAGUGAGUUCAUUUUCCUAUACCAGUAUACAGUAUAUAGUAUAUAGUUGCAACUUCACAGCAAAUAUCUGGAUUAUUGCUAAGAUCUGCUGAUAAUUUGACACUUUAUCCCUGCAGAACCGAUAGGUUUAAAAGAUCGUUUUUUCCUGAUUCUACUAGGUUAUGCAUGGAACGCUCUUGACAACGUUAUAAGAGACUCAGACUCAUUAAACACUUUCAAGAAUCGUCUAAAGAAUUUUUUUGAUAUUUCAAAUUAUAAAAAACGUUUUAGUUUUACUCUUGAUCGAUACAGCUCAAUUUUACAUACUCGGCUCCGUUUAAACUGCUAUGCUCUUAAUUAUUAUUUAUUUAAAAUAAGCUGCAUUCCGUCCCCAGUUUGUAAAUGCGGUUUUCAUUGUGAAUCUGUAAUUCAUUAUUUUCUGUAUUGUCCAAGAUAUGCUGCUCCUGGAUUUAUUGUGAUCUCAGCUGUAUUAGAAAAUUUAGGUGACAGCUGGUAUAAGAAAUCAGACUCGACGAAAGUACGAAUACUUCUAAGUGGUGAAGAUGAAUUGUCAUUAGCUCAAAAUAGAUACAUUUUUUCCAGUGUGCAAUUGCAACAGUUUAUUAGGCAAUCCAGACGUUUUGUUGGCUAUGUUUAUGUAGAUGAAUGUGAUGAAAUAAUCCAGCUGUCUCCUGACUGAUGUUAUUUAAAUACAGAUGUAAAUAGGCGUAAGCCCCCUUGAUGACCUUAUUAGCUCUUGGGGCAAACGUUUCUCAAAAUAUGUUUAAACAAAAAAAAUUUUAAAAAUAA